UAAAGCCAUCCCAGCUUUUCCCUCCCGCCUUUUCCCCCUUUUCCUUUCCCUGUCAGUCAAGUCUGUCAGUCAGUCAGACAGUCAGCCGAGCCUCCUCGGGGGGGGGGGGCGUCUCUGGCAGGCCUUUCCCCCGCCUUCCUUCCUUCCCUUCCUUCCUUCCUCCCUUCCCCUGCUCCUCUCUGCUCAGCCCUGGGAGGCAAGGGAGGACCCUUGGCCAGGAUGCCCAGGAAGAAAGUCCCCCGUAAGCUCUGCUAGGAGCCCAGCCAAGCGCCGCUGUGUCCACGUUGAGCUGGAUGCUGCAAGGGCGGGCGCCUCAGGAGGAAGAGGAGGAGGAGGAGGAGGAGGAGGAGAAGGAGCCUCUUCACCAAAAUGUGGCCCUGGCUGACUCUCCCCGGCUGAAGGAGAAGGAGAAGGAGCAGAGGACCCCGCUCCUUCUCCUCAGAGGCCACCCCAGCCCGGUGUGACCUUGCACCUCCUGUUCCAUGUCCUGCUGGUGGCCUCUCUCCGGCCUCUGAGCUCCUUCCCUUCCCUUCUUCCCCUUCUUCCCCUUCCCCUCCUCCUCCUCCUCCUCUCCCAGCCCCUUCUCUUCUAUGGCUGCAUUGGAAGAAAGGACCGGCUGCCUGCUGCCCCGAGGCCGCUCCCAGAGCGACCCCAGCCUCCUCAGCGACGCCAAGGAAGGGCCCCAGGGCCAGCGAGAGCCCCCCGAGCAAGAGGAAAUGGAUCCAUCCCCUGCAGUGCGUUCUGAAUAUCUGGUCUCAGGGAUUCGGACUCCUCCUGUCCGACGGAACAGCAAGCUAGCUACACUGGGCAGAAUCUUCAAACCAUGGAAAUGGAGGAAAAAGAAAAAUGAGAAACUAAAGCAGACAUCAGCAGUGCUAGAGAAGAAGACAACCUCAAGGCAAGGCCGGGACGAGCUAAUUAAGAAAGGCCUUCUGGAAAUUAUGGAACAAGAUUCUGAAGGCAAAGCAUGCACUGCUGACGCUGCCACCAGAGCAAUGCUGAGUGACCCUUCAUCCCCCUCAUGCCAGGCACUUACCUCAGAAGAGACGCAGCAGGAACAUAUAUCAGCCACAACCAAUGCCACCUCACUUGGCGAGGAGCUGCAUUCGGAAGAGCUGAGAGAAGAUUCAGCCAAGAAGACGUCAGCUUCCACCGAUGAACGAGAAAAUGCCAGCUUGCCAGCCUCCGAAGAGCAUCCACAAGCCUUACUUCUUUUGGAAUCCAUGGAAUCACCCCAGAAGCAGAUGGAAAGGAACUCAGCACAGCUCCCCAGCCCUCCUCUGUCACUUCCAAUUCCACCACCUAAGACUGCACCCAAAGUCUCAAAGAUUGUACCAGCAGGAAGUGCAGUAGAUGAGCCAGCCUUGAAAUCUCCUCCAUCUUCUGUCUUGAAGAAUUAUGUAAUUGUUGGUUCCUCCCAACUCUCAGGACAAGCUGCUCCCUUCCACCCCUCAGGACAGAAGGCCACUGAUCCCCACCUCAGAGGGCAGCAUUCGACACCAACUGGCUCCCCUCAUCUCGCUGCCGUCCACCUGCCUUUACCUCCCAGCCGAGUCAUUGAGGAACUCCACAGAGCUCUGGCCACCAAACACCGGCAGGAUAGCUUUCAUGGACGAGAAAACAAAGGCUCUCCCAAAAAGCGAAUGGACAUCCGCCCAUCCAGAACAUCCAGCAUUGAACACAGCAAAGAGAAGGAUAAUAUGGUGAAUUACAAUAGUGAUCCAGAGAACAAGCGGAAUUCUGUUAAAGAGUCAGAUGAGAACAAAGAGAACCUGAUCAUGAACUCUGAAAUGAAGGAUGAAUCUGUUUUUUAUCAGGAUGAAGAAGUUUUGAAUGACUCCAUAAUUUCUGGUACGUUGCCAAGAAAAUGCAAGAAAGAGCUGCUGGCAGUGAAACUGAGGAACAGGCCAAGCAAACAGGAGUUGGAAGACAGGAACAUUUUCCCAAGAAGGACUGAUGAAGAAAGACAGGAAAUAAGGCAGCAGAUUGAAAUGAAACUAUCAAAGCGACUGAGCCAAAGACCCGCUGUUGAAGAGCUAGAAAGAAGAAAUAUUUUGAAACAAAGGAAUGACCAAACAGAACAGGAAGAAAGGCGAGAGAUCAAGCAGAGGCUGACAAGAAAGCUUAAUCAAAGACCGACAGUUGAUGAAUUAAGAGACAGAAAAAUCCUAAUUCGAUUCAGUGAUUAUGUGGAAGUGGCAAAAGCACAGGAUUACGACAGACGAGCAGACAAGCCAUGGACAAGGCUCUCAGCAGCUGAUAAGGCAGCUAUUCGCAAAGAGCUAAACGAGUACAAAAGUAAUGAAAUGGAGGUGCAUGCAUCAAGCAAGCAUUUGACCAGAUUCCAUAGGCCAUAGAGAUUUUCUUCUGAGAAGAAUUUGUCUACUUUUUUUGAUACCACUACUGAACAGGCAUCAGGGAAAAUGUGAAGGUCUUUCCUUGAGGUUCAGUUAAUGACAAGCUGAUGUUUCAAGUUCAAGAAGGACUCUGCAAGUUAAAUCUCUGCAGCACAUACUUAAAAAGGAAGAUCUACGGGGAUGGCCUUUGCCUUGGAGCCACAACACCUGUGGGGUGGGAGGAUUAGCUGAAAAUGACUGAAGUCGAGCUCAUCAAAAAGGAACCUACUGCUCUCCUUUUACUACUACUUUAAACUGUAUUGCAGCAUAUCUUGGGAAAGGAGAUGUUGUGCAUGUACAGGCUUUACCAUUCCAAGGCCUCUGACAUAAUGGACAUGGCGCACACUCUCAUUCAGUAUUAUCAUGGUGGCAAGACAUUUGGAACUUAUCACAGUUAGUUUGUAUAAAACACUUAAGUUCAUGUUAUACAGAAUUAUUUACUAUAUUAUUUCUUCCCCCUUUUUAUAUAUAAUGUCUAACAAAAACACAGCUGCGGCAUUUUUUGGACUCCUGUUAAUUUCCCCCCGUUUAAUUAAAUGAUUACUUACUGCAGAAAACAGAUCAGCAAGCUUACUGAGUUUGAUGGUAUUUUGGAGAAGGAUGAAUUUAGAUUGCAGAGAAAUGGGAUGAAAAUUUGUUUUUUUCUGUCUUUCAAAAAUUCACAGAAAGUAUUUUAGACUAGAGCAUAAAAUGAAGACUCAUUGGAACAGAAUCUUGGGCUACAGAGGUAUAAGAAUACUAAAGUGAAUUGCAUUGGGCCAGCAAUUGAGAUACUGAACUUUAAUAUGGAAUUAAUGUCUGUUGCAGUAUAUUGGUUGGCAUCCAACUUCUGAUGAUGCAACAGAUAUGGCAUGAAGUUGUGGCUUGUGAUAUGCUAUCAGUGUAGAAUCCAACUCCUUAAGUGCUCGACAAACACAUCUCAGAAUUAAUUUCUAUUUUGUCUUCCUUGGUUCUUCUGCACAUUUAGCUACUCACACCAGUGGCUAACUCACAUAAACAGUGUAAUACAGAAGUUUAGAAGUCUCUAAAGCUCACAAAUUCCAUCCAUUGACCAGAAAUUCUUGCUCAUCAAAGCUAAAACUGGGAUAUUUCUGAUCUGUCUCUUUAAAUAUUAUAUUGAGACUGACAGCUGGUUCACGCAUGCAUGUCAUCCUUUUGAUGAUUUGAACAUCAUGUAAUAAUUUGCAUGUGUGAAUGGAUCACCACGGAUAAAGUUUCACCUCAAAUCCAGUGUUUUUCAAUGGACUCCAUUUGCAUUAACAACACAGUGCCAAAAAUCAAUAAAUCAUGAUAUCAUACAAAAAUAUGGUAACUUAAAAACUGCUAAUCCAGCAGUGAGAGAUUGACAUUGCAAUCCUAUACAAGUCUACUCCAAAAUAAGUUUCAUUGAGCUCAAUGGGUUCCAGUGAGUGUGUAUGAGAUUGUAACCCAUAACACAGUUAUGGGUGAGUAAUCCUCAUUAAACAUUUGAGUAAACAUUGUUAGGUAUAUUGCACAAGUCCUCUGAACAACAACAAAAGUGUCAUUUUGGUUGUAUUUUAAAUAUACAUGCCUGGUUUUAUUUUAUCCUAAAGUAUUUCAAGUUCUUUCCAAGAUAAAUUUUAGGAAGAAAUAGUUCAAAACUAUCACAAU